AUGUCUGAGAGUGAAGAGGCCAGUGAGUAUGUUUGUUCUGAAGAUGAGGGUUCCCAGACAGAGGGUUUGGUAGAAGGGCUUAUAGAAGCUAGGAUGGUAGUUCAUGAGGGUGAGAUGGAUGGGCCAUCAGUAGAGUCUGGGUCAGAGGUAUAUAGGGAGAUGCAGAAGAAGUAUAAAGUGAUAGAGGCCAUUGUUGAUCGGGUUCUAGCUUUGGCACAUACAUCGGAGGUGGGCUCGAGCAAUCAGACAUCACCAUCAGGAUCUGGGGUGGACAUCCGGGUUGGUGUCCCGUUGGCGAAGCGGAAUACGCUUAUAGAAGCAAAGUUGGUUGAGCUUCUGACAGAUUAUAGUGUGCCACCCUAUGUGGGUCUGAGGUUACCCAGUGCUGCGGAUGUAGUGAGAUAUCCUCCGGAGGGUUCAGUUAUGAUUUUCACGGAUAUGUACCAGCAUGGCCUCAAACUACCGUUUCAUCCUUGGCCAACAUUUGAGCAGUUUAUGUACCUGUAUUCGAUCUCUAAGCAACAUGGAACCUUUGGCUGGGUACAAGCCAAUUGCAGGAAGGCAAAGGAGAUAGUGUCUUCCAGGGAAGAUCGUCUCCAGUCUAUAGGUUCCGUGAAGUGGGGACCGAUCUCCAAGGAGUGGGAGGCCGAGGUUGAGAGGGUGAGGUCACUGUUGUCGGAGACCCAGUGCCAGUGCAAAAACCUAGUCACCCAGAAGAAUCUGUACGAGUCUGGACUCUUGCAAGGGAUGGCAGGUAUCAUAAGGGGAAGCACGAAGGUGGCCAUGGAUCUUAAUGAUCCCGAGAUGCAGAAACGGCUGAGGGAGUCUCGGGCCAAGAGGGUGGAGAAGGGAGGUGCUCAGCAGGCUGCUGGGAGGCGUCCCAGAGAUGAUGAAGGCAUGGUUUCCGAUGUGCUAGGAAAGAAGAGAGCGCUGGAGGAAGCGCACCGGAGCAUGAUGGGGACACGGCUGAGGCUUCCUCCCUUUGAUCCGCAGGCACUGCCGAAGCUCCCCUUCGGUAUGGAGGACGUUUAUGCCGAAGGGGUGGAGAAAGUGGACUUCUCCAGGCUGUGUCGGCAGAAGAAGGAGAGUGACCCAGAGGUUUUGGCGAGGACACCUGCUACCUCUUAUAUAGAUCAGGCCCAGAAGACGCUCCUUACCCAGGCCUAUGCUUAUGGCGAGAUGUACGUGAAUAUGGCCAAGGCAGAUAAGGAGAUCCAGAGGUUGAAGAGGCCCAAUGAGAUGGCCAAGGAUAAGAUAGCGGAGGCGCAAGAGGCCAUCCAAGAGAAGAACACCUUGGUGCUGCAGAAAGCAGCGAUGGCCAAGGAGAUGGAAGAGCUGAAGCAGUCGAGGGCCGAAGAGGUAGCUACUGCCCGAGUCGAAGCGAUCAAGUCGUUUCGGGGUUGGGAGGAGCUUUGGGGCUACAUCAUGGAUCAGAUAGUGGCGAUGCAACUGCGUUGGGAGGAGAGGGUGGCGAUGUUCAACCCUUCGGUGGAGAUUAACUUUGACACGAGUGGCGAGCCUCCUUCAUCUAGUCCCACCACUGAUGCCGCUCCAGAGCCAGAGCCAGAGCCAGACUUUCGACUUCCUCUGGAGCAAAACAUAAUCAAAUGGACAAAUUUUGGAGUAAUUCCAGUUGGAGGACGUUCGUGA